CUUAGCAUCUCUCUACCAGCCAUGCCGGGCGAGCAUGAUAGCCCCAUUCCCGAGAAGCUGAGUCGCUGACAGAAGACCGACAGAAGGACAGUCCUUAUUCUCCCUCUCCUCUCCUGUCAGCCUUCCCACCAUGUCCGACGAAGACCUCUCCCUCACCACCUCCGCCCCGACCCCGUCGGUCAGUGCCUCCGCCCAUUUCUACCCAUUCGCGACCUCCCCGGAUAUCAUUCGAUCCCACGAGAAGGACGUCUUUCUCACGGGCAGCUUAACGGGCCAAGCGCAUUCCAUCGUGCGCUCUCUGCGCGGGGCUCGAUACGCCCAUACCCACUCCGAUGCCAUCAAGCACCUGACCGAGAUUCUCUACUUUACCUUGACCACGCUGGCCGGGAACCGGACCCUGGGCGAAGAAUACUGCGACCUGGUCCAGCUGGAGGACGAUACACUGCAGCUCCCUUCCCUCUCGAGGAGAGUCGGGUACAUCCUCAGCAGCAUCCUGCUGCCCUGGACGCUGCAGCGAAUCCUCCCCGCCUUCCGCCAACGACUGCGAUCGAAACUAGAGCGUAGCAUUGCCCGGCAACAGCUGAGAGCGGCUCAAACAAAAGGAACCCUGGAGCAGGCGAAGAGCAAGUCGUCGUCGAAACCCCCGUCUCUUUUUACGAAAUUACGCUUGCAGAAAUACAUCCUGGAGCACCUGGAUUCGAUCACAUCGCAGUCGCCCGUCUACGCGCUUAGCAUUGCCACCUUUUACUUCACCGGAGCCUACUAUCAUCUCUCCAAGCGCUUCUGGGGGCUCCGAUACGUGUUUACGAAGAAACUGGAGGAGAAUGAGCAACGAAUCGGUUAUGAGGUCCUAGGCGUGCUUCUCGUAUUGCAGAUCGCGGUGCAGGGGGUACUACAUAUCAAGAAGGUCGGGGCCAGUCUAAACCAGGAGGAGCAAGAGACGGGAGCCGAGUCUGGUGGAGCCUCACUACACGGGGACUCUCCGAUAUCUUCUCUCGAGAACCCCGCCUCACUCCCUCUCCUUCCGGCCACCAGUGCCCGGUACGACUUCUCGGAGGACUCCAACGCGAUCCCCUGGAUUCCUGCUGGUCAGCAACGCAAAUGUACGCUCUGUCUCGAACUGUUCAAGGACCCGAGCGUUACCACUUGUGGGCAUGUCUUCUGUUGGACAUGUGUGAGAGACUGGGUACGCGAGAAGCCCGAGUGCCCCCUUUGUCGACAAGAGGUGCUCUUGUCCAAGGUCCUGCCCUUACGGGGAUAGCGUUUAUGCGUUGGAGGUCUUCCCCAGUAUGACAGUGCAGGCACUAGCAUCAUGUUCUGAAUUUUCCAUUUUGAUAUACGACCAUGUCAUGUCUGAUUGUUAUAAUUAUACCCCGUCUAUCCUGGAGGCUGCAUCAAUUAGUCCCAGCUAUUGAACAGACCCCGUUGUUUGAAUAUCACAUGAAACGCCACAUACUUUGAACCUAGCAUGGGUAUUUUGCUUCUGAAUCUUCCAUAGAUCCAAGUCAGAGUUAUCCAAAUCAUGGCGCC